GGGUCAGGCUGUGAGCUAAGCGUCGAGACAGUAGGAUUCAUUCUGUAUCUGUGUUGAUAAAACUUUGUUAAUUAAUAUAAAAGGGGGAAAGAAGUUGUUCCGUCGCGCAACACAUUUUUAUUUAGAUGGCAGUGAAUAUGUACAGGAGCGCGGUGACUGCCUGACGUCCCAUUCUGGCGACAGACCCCAGUUCCGUCAGAUAGCAGGGUGUCCGCAUUUGAAAUUGCAGGUAGUGGAUAAGCCGCUACCUGAACAGGUGUGCCACUCCAAGUUACAGGCUGCUCCCUUUAGGACCUCGGUCGUGCCAGCUUUGUAUGCAAAUGAGGUGUGCGGCUCCUAGCAUUCAGUCCGCAAAACAACAAAGCAGCUCUGCAGGUGAGAUGUGGAAAAACCGGUAGAGACGGGAGGCUGCACGAGUCAUUGUGGAGAGGAAGCCGGGCGCAGACCGAGGAGCACACAGGGGGCUUAAGUAACCGAUCCGCCUGUCUCUGCUUUCCCGAAAAAGAGAGGACACUGAUACCGCAGGUCGCAUCUGACAGCCACGCGGCGCAGGAAUGGGCUCGUAUGCGGAGCUGAAGGAGAACAAGCUCGUCAAUGGGAGUGGUCUGAAGUCAGAGCUGCACAUUGACGAUAUGGAGCUCCGAGAAGAAUGGCAAGAUGAUGAGUUUCCAAGGCCUCUUCCAGAAGAUGCAGAGUCUCCAGGGGAUGAUCCAGGAGAUGCUGAAGAAGGGGAUCCAAACAGACCAAAGCCACCUAGCAGUCUGGCACUCUCUGGCAACCGACAUAUGAAAAAAAGGCUUGCUGCUCCAGCGCUGAGCUUGACACUUGACCGUAGUGAUUCGGUGGUCUCUGAUGAGUUCCUCACUGCAGCAGUUUCACCGUCACCCGAUGAUGACUUUGAAAUCAACAUAGAUGAACUGGAGACACCCUCUGACAAUGAGUCCACAUCCUUUGCUGAGAAUGGCAAUGAUUUGGAGUGGGAGGACGACUUGCCACGAAUGAACCACUCUCAAGGUGGACAUGACAAUGUGUUGAAGGAAAGGAUGGCAGAAGAUCAUGUAUCAGAAGAAGAGGACAGUGAAGGACGGAAGUGGCGAGUAUUCCAUAUGGCGGAACAAGUGUACAGGGUGGACACAAGUGUCACUGAGGCCUACCAUAGGGUGCUUUGUCAUGGAGGUUACUAUGGGGAUGGAUUAAAUGCAAUCAUUGUGUUUUCUUCUUGUUACCUGCCUGAAAACAGUAUUCCCAAUUAUGAUUAUGUCAUGGACAAUCUGUUUAGGUAUAUCAUAGGAACUCUGGACCUUAUGGUAUCUGAAAACUACAUCCUGGUUUACUUGAAUGGCAUGACUCCUCGCAAUAAAAUCCCCAGCAUUAGCUGGCUGCGCCAGUGUUAUCUCACCAUAGACAGAAGACUACGCAAGAACCUGAAAUGUCUGCUGAUUGUUCACCCCACUUGGUACAUAAAAGCAUUGGUGACUGUCCUGCGACCAUUUAUCAGUGCAAAAUUCAGUCGAAAGCUGCGAUUCUUGAACAGUUUAAAUGAGCUAUCCAAACUGAUUCCAAUGGAGCAUGUCCACAUUCCAGAGUGCAUCCAAAAGCUGGACCAAGAGAUGAAUGGAUUAUAGAAGUCUGUAAAUUGAAAGAAAACACUAUUUUAAGAAGACACAAGUAUAUGUUUUAGUAUGUAUAUACAUAUGGGGACUAUAGGCCAACAGACUACAGGAGCCAAAGACUCUUUAAAACUUUCCUUCUGUUACCUAUCAGCUGUAAAUUAAAUAGUCAGCAAUAUUAAGCUGCUGUUCUUUGGUGAGGAAACCCUUUUUAAAAUUAUACUAACUUAAACUUGUACAAAUCAACUUCUGCUGCUUCUGUAUUUUAUUACAGAAGUAAACUUUGAAGUCAACCUUCAAGCGCAGACAUGUUUAGCGUUUUUCUAUUUAGAAUGCUGGAGUUGUCGCUGUAUGUUUUUGCCUUUGUAUAAUUGAUUCAGUAUUGUUUGGAGCUGGACCCUUUAUAGUUGUCCUUUUCUGGUCACUGUGUUCUUCUUCAAUUUCUUAGCCUGUCUGGGAUGCUGCUACUGUAACACGGGGUUCUUUAAUGUAUCAGAUGCUAAAUAUUAUUGUGGUCAGUCGCACUCUCAAAUCUUGCCUACUACACCAAAAGUGCACUUGGAUUCAUUGUCGAACUAUAGUCAGAUUCACAAACACUUUUCUGCAUAUGUCAAUGAACAGAGAAGAAGGGAUGAGGGACACAGGCUUUAUUUGUCCUUGGACUUUUUCCCACAUGGUGUUAUGUCUGUAAACCAUCCACCAGUUUAAUGGAAACAGAAUGUGUAAACUGUUGCCUGGGGUGAAAGAGUUUAAUUGUGACAUUUUACUUUGUAAUCCGCUACGACCUUAGUCUCUCUUCAUGGAACCUGGUGUGAUGCAUGAGUUGUGGAAUUUUUCCGUGAUUUUUUCCGUGAAACUCGCACUGAGCCAGAAAAGAUCAGACUUGGAUUGCCUUGAGGUGCAUAAAAUUCUGAAUGGAGCAGACGACAAAUACUACAAAAUGAAGCAGUGCAAAGGACACAGGUGAGCCCCUUAAGGACUAAUGGUGCAAGUCUAAAAUAAGGUAGCAUUCUGUGGCAGACAGGAUCUGUUUAAAUACGGGUUCCCCACUGUACAAAAAAAGAGCACUUUGAUAUGUAAAAUAACAUUUUACUUUAGCUCUAAAUAGUUGAACUGCACAUUAGUUAUGUUGUUGUUUUAAUAUUUUAUUUUGUUGCCAAAGCCUUAUCAGCUGCCUGUAUGGUAUCUGUUCAGACUGUCUAAUGAAAACAAUUUAAAAAGUGAUAUGGCAAGUUUUUGUGCUGUUGGUCUUCAGCUUUAGACGCUGUAUCAGGAGAUAUUUUGAAAACAUGUCUGCUAAUCAUUUGUUGAUGUGUAUUUUUUCUCUAGUGCAGUGUCUUAGAAGAUUUCAGGGUCUUAAAUGCAUUAACAAAGGAAAUGUAUACUUUCUAAAUGAUUCCUGUUUUUUAAUGUAACUUGUAUGUAAUAUCUGUAUAAAUAAAAUGCUGUUCUAUA